AUGGCCAUCAGCGCAGUACAGAACACAAGGCCAUACAAAACAGAGGCUAAACAAAACAGAACACAAGGCCAUACAAAACAGAAGCCUUUGCACAACAGAACAAAGGGCCAUUUUAUACAACAGCACACAAGGCCUAACAGAACAGACGCCUUUAUACAACAGAACACAAAGCCAUACAAAACAGAAGCCUUUACAAAACAGCACACAAGGCCAUACAGAACAGAAGCCUUAACACAACAGCACACAAGACCAUACAGAACAGAAGUCUUUACACAACAGAAGACAAAGCCAUACAGAACAGAAGCCUUUACACAACAGCACACAAGGCCAUACAGAACAGAAGCCUUUACACAACAGAACACAAAGCCAUACAGAACAGAAGCCUUUACACAACAACACACAAGGCCAUACAGAACAGAAGCCUUUACACAACAGAACACAAAGCCAUACAGAACAGAAGCCUUUACACAACAGCAUACAAGACCAUACAGAACAGAAACCUUUACACAACAGAACACAAGGCCAUACAGAACAGAAGCCUUUACACAACAGCACACAAGACCAUACAGAACAGAAGCCUUUACACAAGAGAAAACAAAGCCAUACAGAACAGAAGCCUUUACACAACAGCACACAAGACCAUACAGAACAGAAGCCUUUACACAACAGAACACAAAGCCAUACAGAACAGAAGCCUUUACAAAACAGCAUACAAGGCCAUACAGAUCAGAAGCCUUAACACAACAGCACACAAGGCCAUACAGAACAGAAGCCUUUACACAACAGAACACAAAGCCAUAUAAAACAGAAGCCUUUACAAAACAGCACACAAGGCCAUACAGAACAGAAGCCUUAACACAACAGCACACAAGACCAUACAGAACAGAAGCCUUUACACAACAGCACACAAGGCCAUACAGAACAGAAGUCUUAACACAACAGCACACAAGACCAUACAGAACAGAAGCCUUUACACAACAGCACACAAGGCCAUACAGAACAGAAGCCUUAACACAACAGCACACAAGGCCAUACAGAACAGAAGCCUUUACACAACAGCACACAAGGCCAUACAGAGCAGAAGCCUUUACACAACAGAAGACAAGGCCAUACAGAGCAGAAGCCUUUACAAAACAGAACACAAGGCCAAACCUUUUCACAACAGAACACAAGGCCAUACAGAACAGAAGCCUUUGCACAACAGAACACAAUACCAUACAGAACAGAAGCCUUUACACAACAGAACACAAGGCCAUACAGAACAAAAGCCUUUACACAACAGAAUACAUAACAGAACAAAAGUCUACAAAGAACUGA